AUGGUUGGUACUUACGACCCCAAUUAUCAAACCCUUGCCGGUUUGAAUAAUGAAGACAUCUUUAAGAAGAAGGAACCGGGAGGUGGUGGUGGCGGAGCUUUUGGCGGCGGUGGAGAAGCCUUCGACGGAGGAGGAGUUGGUGGGGGUGGCUUUGGUGGAGGUGGUGGGUUUGGUGGAGGUGGUGGGUUUGGUAAAGGUGGUGGGUUUGGUGGAGGUGGUGGGUUUGGUAAAGGUGGUGGGUUUGGUGGAGGUGGUGGUGGAGGAGGGAUUAGAGCACCAGAGCCUGGAGGAAAGAAGAUGGCUGCUACCUUUGAUCCCAAUUAUCAGACUCUGGCUGGCUUAAACAAUGAGGAUAUUUUUAAGAAAAAGGAAACAGGAGGUGGUGCAGGUGGAGGAUUUCGAGGUGGUGGAGGAUUUGGUGGAAAUGACGAUUUCGGAGGCGGUGGUUUUGGAGGAGGACCAAAACAAAUACGGGCGCCCAAAGCAGGAGGUCCAAAAAUGGCAGCCACUUUUGAUCCCAACUACCAAACUCUCGCUGGAAUGAAUAAUGAAGACGUGUUCAAGCCAAAAGUAGUAAUUUUACUUUACUUUAUAUUAGAAUAUGAGGAAACAGGAGGUGGUGCAGGUGGAGGAUUUGGUAGAAAUGACGAUUUCGGAGGCGGUGGUUUUGGAGGAGGACCAAAACAAAUACGGGCACCCAAAGCAGGAGGUCCAAAAAUGGCAGCCACUUUUGAUCCCAACUACCAAACUCUCGCUGGAAUGAAUAAUGAAGAC